AUGUCUUUUUUCUCAUCGAAACCAAUUCUUUUUCAGAAUGUCGAACCGUUCCGCAAGCCUCCUCCAAAAGGACAGCCAUACUCGAUAGCUCUUCCUGGCACAGAGAAGCCAGACAGGAGUAAAGUGUACAGACACUGGCUAUGCAAGGAUGGACUUUUAGAGACAUUGGAUCCUAACGUCAGGACGGCACAUGAUAUCUUCGAAUCAACAGCGCAAUAUUCACCACGCAGCCGCUGCCUUGGCAAGCGUGCAUACGAUUCAACGAAACAGGUUUGGGGCCCAUAUGAAUGGGAGGACUAUGGUACUGUUCAAAAGCGCCGAGCGGAUUUUGGCGUUGGCCUCGUUGAGCUACACAGAAUAGCGGGAGUUACAGAUACGAAAUAUGGGGUUGGAUUAUGGUGCCAGAACAGGCCCGAAUGGCAGAUCACGGACCUAGCUUGCAUGUCGCAAUCACUCUUCUCUGUCUCGCUGUAUGAUACACUUGGACCAGAGGCCAGCGAGUACAUUAUCCGACAUGCCAAUUUGUACUGUGUUGUCACGUCGCUGCCACAUAUUGCAACCUUGCUCAAGUUGAAGCCUCGGUUACCCUCACUUAAGAUCAUCGUCUCGCUAGACCCACUUUAUGCCGGAGAGGCUCCCGGGUUGUCCAAACAAGCACUACUAUCGGAUAUGGCCUCAGAUCUUGGAAUCACCAUUCUAUCUAUCGCCAAAGUAGAAGAGCUUGGAGCAUCCUUAAAACGGCCCUACAAUCCACCUGGGCCUGAAGAUAUAGUCACCAUCAACUACACCUCAGGUACUACGGGUCCACCCAAAGGUGUCAUUUUGACACAUUCGGCAGCUGUAGCGGCAGCAGCUUGCUCAGUGUGCACUAUCAAACAGUCAGCCGAGGACACUAUUUGUUCCUACCUUCCGCUGGCCCACAUCUAUCAACGCAUGUCAGAGCACGGCGCCUUCUGGGGUGGUGUCAAAAUUGGCUUUUUCCACGGUAAUAUCCUCGAAUUGGUUGAUGACCUCAAACUUUUACGCCCGACCAUUUUGACUUCGGUCCCUAGACUAUACAACCGCUUCGGUGGUGCAAUUCGAGCGCAGACAGUAGAAGCACCGGGCUUCAAGGGUGUGUUGUCUCGUCAUAUCGUCUCUACCAAAACCGCUGCAAUCAACGACAAGCAUAAUCCUACCAACAAACACGCCAUCUACGACCGCAUCUGGGGCAGAAAGAUCGGGGCAGCCCUUGGCCUUGACCGUACUAACUCAAUGGUCUCUGGAUCUGCACCUCUUGAUCCAUCCUUACAUCAGUUCCUUCGCAUCGUUUUUGGGAAUGAUGUCGUACAAGGUUACGGGCUGACGGAGACGUACGCCAUUUCUCUCGCUCAAUAUUCAAAGGAUCUGAGCUCAGGAAAUUGUGGUGGACUUGUUCCCGCGGCCGAGGGUUGUCUGUUGUCAGUGCCAGAUAUGGAGUACUUGGUUACGGACAAACCAUAUCCACGUGGUGAGUUAAUGAUCAGAAGCAAGACGCUGUUUAAUGGCUACUACAAGAAUGAGGAAGAGACGCGUAAGGCCAUGACGGAAGAUGGGUGGUUCAAGACUGGUGAUAUCUGCACCGUUGAUGAGAUGGGUAGAUUCAAGAUUAUUGAUCGAAGAAAGAAUGUCCUCAAGCUUGCUCAGGGAGAAUACAUCUCGCCUGAAAGGAUAGAAGGCGUGUACCUCGCCGCUUGCAAUUUCCUUGCUCAGGCAUUUGUUCAUGGCGACAGUGUGCAGACAUUCCUUGUUGCUAUCUUCGGCGUGCAGCCCGACUUCUUCGCUCCUUUUGCAUCGAAGGUCCUGGGUAGGGAGAUAUCGGCAACUGACAUCGAAGCCGUCAAGAAAGCCGCUGCACACGACAAGGUUCGAGCAGCGGUGGUGAAAGAGUUGGACAAGGUAGGCAGAAAGAACAAAUUUGCAGGAUAUGAGAGAGUAAAGAACUGUUAUCUAUUCGUGGACCCAUUCACGGUCGAAAACGAGCUACUUACCCCUACUCUGAAGCUGAAACGACCACCAACAGUAAAGAAGUUUCGCGGUGAACUAGAUGAACUAUACAGAGAGGCACUAGCAAAGGAAAAGACGGAUCCGAAAGCGAAGCUGUGA